AUGUUGGCGCCGACGCAGUAUGAAGGCUUGCCCUUUGUGGGCCACAGGCGCCUACGAAGCUUCCUGGCCCAUUACGCAGAAGGGCACCCCCUGACGCUGGUGCCAGCUUCCCCAGAGGCUGUGCCCUAUUUGGACGACGACACGGACCUAGGCGAGGGCUAUGAGGAGGCCGCCUUCCUGAAGGACUACUUUCAGUCGCAGGAGAAGGCUUACCACCUGCUGCUGAACUUUGUCAUUGAGGUUUCCGUCCACCUCAACUACUGGCUGGACUGGGCGACGCCCGUGCACCGCCGGCCCCGCUGGGCGCACCAGGGAGCCAGGAAGCUGUGGCGCGCAUACCUUGGCCUGGUGGGCUGGCGGCGGCAGCUGGCGCAGCCUGAGCGCCUGGCCUCCCAGCUGGCGCACCUCAGCGAGGACCUGUGUCGACUCCUGGCCUACAUCCAGAUCUCCUCCUUCGAUCUGCUGAGCAGCCCGGAGGAGGGCGCGCUGAAGCGCGCCGCCGAGGGCCUGGCCUGGCAGACGCACGUGGCCGCGCUCACCGCCGCGAACCUCUCCAGCCAGCUGGCCCCUGCGGACCGCAAUGCGCGGAGGCGCUCAGUCAACCGUCACGUGUGGUUCCGUCAGACGUUGCCCGACCAGGUCGCGGCACUUCCGGAUAGGAAGAAUGCCGAGGUCUCGGAGGAGGCGCUGCUGGCGCAGGGCAGGCAGCGGCUGCGGCAGAGCCGGCUGGCCUUCGAGGUCCUGGUGGAUAGCCUCAGCGGAUAUUUGGAGCGCAGCGGUCAGCCGGGCCACUUCCAGAAGUGGUGGCCCAUCUAUGGCCUCGCCGGGCUCUUCCUGCUGGGCCACGCCUGGCGCUUGCGGCUCUCGGACCGCGUGGCGCGGGAGGCGCUGCUGCUGCGGGCCACGGACGUCUGCUGGCAGUUCCUGGACGAGUGGGUGGUGUCGCCCUUCAAACAGCUCUGGGAAGCGCUACUGCUGCGCACCCCAAAGGACGAGCUACGCGUUCAGCUCCGAGACCUCAAGGUGGAGCAGGAGGCCUUGGAGCGCAUGGUCCAGGGCUUCGCCUCCUUCGCGCGCCAGGAGCCCCACUUCAAACACGUCCAGCCAGGCAACGAUCAGGUUCUGCCGGAGCUGUACUUCGAGUGGUCCAUGACGAAGCCCAUCAGCAACGUGGUCACCGGCCACCUGGUGGAGUCCUGCAUGGUGCAGAGCCAGAAGCUGAAGGUGCUUCUUUACGCAUCUUUGUACUCCAUGGAUGCGGUGAUGAUGCAGCUGAAGUGGGACUUCAUCUUGGCAGGUGCCAUGCCUACGACCAUGCUCUGCGGCCUUGUGUACUGGGCCAUCGCCAGCACACGCAGGCGUCGACAGCUGGACUCCAGGAAGAAGAUGGUGCGUGCGCUGUCGGAGCUGGAUAAGUUCCUGAACCGGAACACCGAGUCCCUGGCACCCCGCAGGCAGAUCUCCGGCAUGGCGCGGCUCAGUAGCGAGGAGAUGCCGCUGAAGGUUCUGCUCUCGCAGGCCUUGGGCGAGGAGGUCUCAGCAGAGGAGCUGGCUGCGCGUCCCACCACCCCACUGGCACUGCCCUGUGCUGGCUUCGGAAGCGUGGACUUGGACAAGGCGGGGCGAAAGGCCGGCGUUCUUGCCUACAAGGUCCAUACCCAGGACCCCAACUUGACGCAGUCCGCACCAGAGGUGCCUCCAGUUCUUGAAGUUCCACUGCAUGCACAGCUGGCAGCAGCCAUUCCUUUGGUGACCACGAACUUAACGAACUACACGGGUCUCAUCGCCGACCGCGCGGCUCCGCCGAACCCCAACAUCACCUACCACUUCGGUUUCCUGGCCAGCGACCUGGCCGUGCUGUCGGACAAGGUGAGCGGCUUCUACAUCGUGCUGCACGAGAUGCUGGGGGAAGAGGGGCCGAAACUCUGCCCUUUGAACAAGCAGAGCCACAUCAAGGAGUGUCUCAAAAUCGCCAUGUGCUUAUUGCAAGAGCACGUGCCGGAAGACAUGGAGCUACCACAGUACACCACUUACCUGGAACUGGUGACGGCCUUUGUGGAGGUCGGCUGGCCGGUUCUCAAGAGGAACUUGCUGUUGGAGGAGCCUACCCCGAUGUUGCACGAAGAUGACGUGGCCCCGGCACAGUACCAGUGCGAUGAGCUUCAGCAUCCAGAGGAGCCCUUUGGUCACGCGUUCCUGGACUUGGGCUCCAAGGCUUCCAGGACCCUCGCGAUGUCCGCUGCGCUGAGCCAGGCCUCCAAAACCACCUUCCAGGUGUUGGACGCCCAUGAGGACAACAAGGCGUCCGUGGACGCCACUGUGCAGAAGUUGCACCAAGUGUGGCAUUCCUUUUGCAAGGAACUGGGAUGCGAUCACAGCAACUUCUGGGACAUCCACUUCUCCUCGCACCAGCAAACGACGGCGCUGAUGAAGCUGGAAUCUGCCGCACAUGUGCGGGCUGAGGUUCAGCAGCGUGCCCGGCUUCACAAGAGGGUCCUGCGCUUCGUUGAGGAGAAUCAUGUCUACUAUGGCCAGAUCAGAAAUUCCAGCUCGCCCGGCCGGAAGUUCCUGGACCCAGCGUUCAUCCAGGCGUCUUCCAGAAAGGCCUGGCAGCGAUACGCCGAGAAGGGCCGCAGAUCCAUGAUCUCGUUUGUGAUGCCAGUCAUGAGGAAUCUCGCCAGCAGCAACGAGACAAGGGCCCUGCAGCUGUUGGACCAGGUGGAGUUUCGGAAGUUUCAGCAGCAACAGGCUCGACGGCGUCAGACAUAUGAGGAGCCUGUGGAGCCGGACAUGCCGGACGUGGACAUGCAAGAGCAGGAGUCGGAUGCAGAGGUCAGCCUGAUUGACGACUCUGAGGAAGACGAAGACGAGGAAGAGCCCAUGUACCUACAGGUCACCGAGAGUGGCGAGGCGGAGUUGGAAUCAGAGACUGAUGCGGAGAGCGGACGCCGCCGCCGGCGAAGGAGAAGGUGGAUCGGCGGCAGAAGGCGGCGAAGACACCGAAGGCGAAUCUUCGAGGCGGCCGUGGCAGCUGUGGCCAAAGUGGUGGAGGAUGUGGUGGAAUUUAUGGCGUCAGCCCUGGCUUGCAUUGGCACUGCCGCGGAGUUCACCAGCACGGGCUACUCGUACGAGGUAGUCCCUGGCGCGGUGAGUCUGAGCAUGGGCCUCUCUUCCGGCUCUGGGCAGAGCCUGGACAAGCUGGUCCAAGGCCAGCCGCCCGUCGCUUUCAUCUCCUUGGACUUUGGCUUUGCGGUGGGCGCCACCGCGAAGCUCACGUGGACUGGUGUUGGCCUGGGCGGCGGGGUCGGCUGCAACGUGGCCGGCUGCACGGCGUACAUCGUGGUGGCGCUCAUCGGGUCGGUGAACAUCCCCAUGGUCACUGCCGCUUGUCCCUUCGGGGCCACAUUGGGCUCAGCAACCUGCGCACAGGCCUUUGGAGGAGGCAUCUCCCAGAUGUGCUGCAACAUGAACCUGCAAACCGGCGGCAACGAUUGCCGCUGA